AUGGAUAGCCCAAAAAGUCCUCGCAGUCCGAAAGUUCUCUCCCAUCACAACUCAAUGAAGAGUUUACGAUCAGUACGAAGCCAGAAAAGUAUGCGCUCGUUGAAAAGUCAGAAGAGUACGCAGAGCAUUCGGAUAUUCAAUCAUCACCAUGACACCUACCAGACUUGUUUUGGAUUUAUGCAUGUUAAGAUUGCCACCUGUUCCAUUGGUUUCUUUGCUUUACUCGGAGUUUGUCUAACUUUGGUGUACUGUGUUUUCACGUCACAAGAGCAACGUCGCCCCAAUAUGAAAUUAUACGCUAUCCCCAUGAUCAUUGUCAUCAUCGCCCUUCUCUACAUGUUUGUUGGUAUUCUACAACAGAAAGCUCACUUGUUGUUUGCGUUUAUUGCUUUGCAGAUAUCCAUCACGUUUGGUGUCGCUGUGCUCAUUGUAAUUAUUUUGAUAUCGGUGGCGUGUAACACAACACUGAUUCUUCAAUUUUUUGUAGACACCACUCUAUCGCAAUCAGAAUACACCAAAACUGCUCUAACUGCGUUGGUGGGACUCUCAUUCCAACUUGGCAUCCAUAUUUGGGCACUUCGAGCUGUUUGUGGAUGCUACCGUUAUUUCACAGACAUUCACAAGUUUGAGGUUAGACAAGCUCAAACAAACUAUGUUUGA